CCGUCCAAGUGGAUUCCUAGGAGACCGUACAACUCUCACUCCCUCACGGCGGCGCAAUACCAAUCUCCCUGACACGUCUCUCCUUCUUACUCUUCUUCUCUUUUUCUUCCCCCGAGAGCUCCACACCUGGCUGACUCAACCACGACUCCAAAACCAGCCAUGACAACGCCGUGCCGGACCAUCAACGCAAAUGCUAUCUCCGCACCGUCGCCUUCGGGUACGAUCUUUACUGGCUUUCGCGAUUUUGUCCCGAUUAAUAAGAGGCUUGUCAAAUCGAGCUCUCGUGGCUUGAAACUACCGUCGAAGACGGUUACGAGCGCAGAUUGGAGCUGGAGUUUUAGGUCACCGGGGAGAUUGCUCUCUUCGCGCGUCGCCUCUGCUUCUGCGGCUGUAACAUCGAGUUCCACGAAUAGACUUGAAGCUUUAGAAGAGGGGAUUGAGAAGGUUAUUUAUAGUUGUAGAUUCAUGACGUUUCUUGGAACAUUAGGAUCGUUGCUCGGAUCGGUUCUCUGUUUCAUCAAGGGAUGUAUGUAUGUUGUAGACUCGUUUCUGCAGUAUUCGGUGAAUCGUGGGAAGGUGAUAUUACUUUUGGUUGAGGCCAUAGAUAUAUAUCUCCUAGGAACUGUGAUGUUAGUCUUUGGACUGGGACUUUACGAGCUGUUCAUUAGCAAUCUCGACACUUCAGAAUCGAUUUCACACGAUAUUGUUUCCAAUAGAUCGAGUCUCUUUGGCAUGUUCACCUUAAAGGAGCGACCACAAUGGUUAGAGGUGAAAUCGGUAAGUGAACUGAAAACGAAGUUGGGACAUGUAAUAGUGAUGCUACUGCUGAUUGGUUUGUUUGACAAGAGCAGGAAAGUAGCCAUAACUUCUGUCACGGAUUUGCUAUGUAUCUCUGUUUCUAUCUUUUUCUCUUCCGCUUGUCUCUUCUUGCUUUCUAAGCUUCAUGGGUCACAUUGAGUUAAUGAUGGUGUUGUCCCAAAACAAAAGAAACUUUGUAUGAUGAUGUGUAUAAUGUUUUAGCAAAGUUUCACUUUCUCUUUUUGUCCA